UGGUGAUACCUUAAUUUUUUUGUGUUCCCUUAAGGGAAGUCUUUAAGGUUAAUGUCAGCAACUUUGAGAGUUCUGAUCUUGCUAACGUUAACAGACUUAGAGGUGGUGUAUCCAUAUGUAGUUCUACAGAAACAGCCUCCAAUAUUAUAGUUCUUUUUAUCUAUGUUGCAUUGCUGACGGGUUACAUAUGAGAGUGAAGGCGAAAAAAUGGUAUAGGCUGAUCAAAAGUGCUAGAAUUUCUGACCAGAAAAUAGAACAGUAAAACAGUUGCCUUGUUAUCAAGAAACCUAAAUAUUGCAAUCCUGGUAUAAUAGAGGUGCAACUGAAGCUUACCACCAGCUAAGAGACACUCUGAAUUAUCCUAUUGUACAAGCAAAGCAUAUAUAAAGAGAAGACAAAGAAGUUGAGAAAGAGCUGCAUAAUCAAGGUAUUUUUAAGCUUGCAGAAAGACAAAGUUUGGAGCUUACUUCUGGGGAGGGGAAAUAAGAAAUACCAAUGUGUUCACAAAGUAUAAGGGUCUCUUGUCUUGAAACUUGUACAUCAUUAUUAUUUGUGUUUCAUAAUUGUGCCUCUAAAUUAGUCCACUACUCACAAAUAAUAGUGUUUUUAUCUCUUGAUACAUACUAUAGUACUUGAAUCUAUUUGAAAUGGAAAAUGAGUGGGUGAUCAAGGUAAACGAUGAGCUGAUGCACGUGGAGGAUCUUACAACUGUCGAGGCAGAGCACUGGAAGAAGCGGUCCAUAUAUAGAGUGCCUGUUGGUGUCACAGAUGUGAGCAAGAAAGCUUACAAACCUCAAGUAGUUUCUUUUGGUCCUUACCAUCAUGGUGCAGAUCAUCUCAAGACGAUGGAAGUUCAUAAGCACCGAGCUCUUCUUCAUUUCCUCAAGAGAUCUGGAAAAUCAUUAACAUGUUAUAUUGACUCCUUACAACAAGUGGCUCAAGAUUUGAAAGAUGCAUAUGAUUUGCUGGAUCCUGUAUGGCAAAAUGAUACCAAUGCCUUCUUACGGUUGAUGAUUCUUGAUGGUUGUUUCAUGCUGGAGAUCUUGAGAACAGCUGCUGCUGAUAGUCUGCUUAUAGAUCAAUCUCAGCAUCCUCAACAGUAUGACUAUGCUCUUAAUGAUCCGAUUUUCAGCAAUCAUGGGAAGCUCCAUCUCAUGCCUUAUCUCAAACGCGAUAUGCUGAUGCUUGAAAAUCAGUUGCCUAUGCUCCUUUUGGAAAGAUUACUUGCCAUUGAAAAUCAAGAGGAAAAGAGUGAAGGGUUACUCCUUGAUUGCAUUCAGCAGAACGAUGAGCAAUGUAUUAAUAAGCUCAUACUGGACUUCUGCAAUCCUCACAGCCACGCUAAAGGACUUGGGAAAUGUUUCCAUGUAUUGGAUGUCUACAGAAAGAGCAUACUUUGGGAAGCUCCUGUGUUGGCCAAGACUCGUCCAAGGAAAGCACCCAAAGUUAGUAACCAGAGUAGUGGCGAUGAGAUAAUACGUUCUGCUAUGGAGCUUCAUGAAGCAGGCAUUGUGUUCAAGAUGAGUAAAACUAGAAGCCUCAAGGACAUCUCCUUCCAUAGUGGUAUCCUUAAGCUUCCUCUGAUCGUGGUGGACGAUGCAACAGAGUCUAUGUUCUUGAACUUAAUAGCUUUCGAGAGAUUGCAUGUAGGUGCAGGAAAUGAAGUAACCUCAUACAUCUUCUUCAUGGAUAAUAUUAUUGACAAUGCCAAAGAUGUUAGCUUGCUACACUCUCGUGGCAUCAUCCAGAAUGCAAUUGGCAGCGAUCAAGCUGUGGCUAAGCUAUUCAAUUCACUAUCGAAGGACAUUACGUUGGAUCCAGAUAGCAGCCUUGAUCUAGUACACAAACUGGUAAGUGACUAUUGCAAGCUGCAGUGGAAUGAAUGGAGAGCCAAUCUCAUUCACACCUACUUCAGAAGUCCCUGGGCCAUUUUGUCUGUCAUUGCUGCUAUCUUUCUUUUCGCCCUCACCAUUGUUCAGACAAUAUACAGCAUCUAUCCUUACUAUUAUCCACGUUCCUAACAACAAUCUCCUCACAUUAAAGUACAAAGACUUCACCUUUCUCUAUUGGAGAAAGACGACGAGUGUUACCAAAUUUUGGAGUGAAAGAAGGAACUUAUUCUGAUCUGGUGCAUCUUAUUUUUAAUUCAAUAUGUCCAUCUGUUAGUUAUCACAAAAGUUAUGUGGUCUUUAUAUGAUGAAUGCAGUACUUGAUAUC